AUGGCGCUGUUUCCAGCUUAUGUUUCUAAUGAUACAAAGGAGACUUAUGUAGAAGAUGAGCCAGUGCGGUGGGAGGCAAACUCUCAAGUUAUAUCAGAGAGUAAUAACGCAAUGGAAGCGCAGCUUCUGGCCAGCGAUACAGAAGAUGAAAACGACAAAUGUAUGCAAACUGAAUCGAAGCCUGUUGUCAACAAUGAUGACUUUUACGUGGACUGUAAAAUGGACCGCGGAAAUCUGAGAGUCUCAACACUUUACUAUCCAGGCAGGCCUCAGUAUGAGUGCAGAGCGCGGACACUGGGCGGCGGCGGGCGGGCGAGCGGGCGCGCACCACGGCGCUACUUCCGGCGGCGCGCGUCUGAGCCGCCCCCCGCCGCCGGAAGUGAAGCUGCCGCCGAACGCGCUGCCGCCUUCCGUCGCCUGCUCCACGACGCGCCCCACGACAUCGCGCUUUGGGAGAGAUACAUCGACUUCCAAGAACGGUUCGGGGCGGAGCGCGCGGCAGCGGAGGCGUGCGGCGAGGCGGCGCGGCGGACGGGUGCGCGGCGACUGCGCGCGCGCCUGUACGCCGCGCUGCGCCGCGACCUGCCCGCGCGCCAGUACAUCGAGCGGCUGCGCAACGACCUCGCUGAAGAAUUUGAAGCAGCCUGGAAAUGUCUCUCGUGCAAUAAUGUUACCCGACGUGAACGAUCCAACUUGCUUAUGCGAUCCACGCAAAUACCUUUGGAUGAUAACAUGAAUAUGUCAUAUGAAAUCGAGAGCCAAGCACCCAUAUCAUCGUACAAACCUUGUACUCCGACUACACCAGCUGCUUCAGUCCGUGACUGUGUUGCCCUGGAGACGGGUGCUACUUUCCAUACAUUCACACAGGAACUUCAUAAGACCUUAGAGGAAUGGCGAAGCGACAUGAACAAUACACUGACUGUAUUCAAGGAGAAUAUCAAGAGCACACUACAUGACUGGCGAGAUGAGAUGGAGGCGAGUAUAACUAAACUUAAUGAUGAUUUAAAAUUUGCUUUGAAUGGAAUCAGGGAGGACAUAUGCACCCUUCCUGCUGAACAUGAAUGUCUAAAGCAUCAAACUACUGGUAUAUCCCAUGAUGACUCAGAAUUAAAAGCAUUCACGCAGUUUCUUUCCGCGGAACAGGAUGAUCUCAAAAAAAAUGGGAUGACAUAA